AUGAGCUACCACGGAGGGCCUGUAAUGAGCUCGCCUAUUAACGUGUACGUCGUGUUCUACGGAUCGUGGAGUCGGGAGGACCGCCGAGCUGUUAACACAUUCGUGCAAUCGAUUUCGGACAGCUCGGGUAACAGUGUCGCGACCGUGCGAAGGUGGUGGCGAACCACCAGCUUGUACACUGCCAAAGGCCCCGCCGCAGUAACGUCGCAAGUGCAGCUUGCGAAAUCCGCAGUGGACCGAUAUUCGCAGGGAAAGAUGAUACGCGACGACAUGAACGGCGUGUGGCAAGUUAUUCGCAAGCAGAUUGAUUCGGGUAACUUCCCCAUCGAUGCUUCUGCGAUUUACGCCGUCCUAACGAGUCCGGACGUGCGAUUGGGCGACAGUUCCCAAGGCUUCUGCGGGCCGCAGGGGUACUGCGGGUGGCACUCGACCGCGUCGAACGGGCGGAGCGAGCUGAAAGUGAUUCACGUGGGGAACGGGGGACAGCAAUGUCCUCAAUAUUGCGUGCCUUCCUACAACACACGCACAUCUCCGAACAGUCAUCCGGGUGUGGAUGGGCUGAUAAACACUCUAGCGCAUGAGAUGGCUGAGACGGCCACCAACCCGCUUAUAGACAAUGGCUGGUUCGAUAUAAGCACCUUGGAGGAGAUUGCGGACAAGUGCGCGCGGCUGUACGGACAGAAGGGCAAGGAUGUGGUUCUCUCUCAACAGGGAUACGCUUAUAAUGUGCAGGGAAAAGCAGGGUCACACUAUCUGUUACAGCAGCUCUGGAGCCGAGCUUCUCCCCAAAAGUGUGUCGUGCUGGAUCCAGCCUGA